AUGGCUACUUUGCCUGGACUUAACGACUCGUUAGAGCCCCUAAAUAUAGGAGAAAGCUCAGACCAGCCGUUGCUUGUCUCUUUAACUGUAGGAACUGAAUGGAGAGUUCAAGUCCCACAGGACGCAAGACUUACUAUUAAAAUACUGUCGGGCAUUGCUGAGAUUUUUGGAACCGAGCUGGCAUUAGACGUUUCGUAUGUGUUUCAAGGAACUAAUCUUGCGAUAUAUGCUGUUGAAGAUGCUGAGAUUGAGUGGACUUCAUCCGAAUUGAUCACUCAAACGGUUUCUGGCGAUACAAACAUGCCAUUUGUUUACAAUGUGCACUUUGCACUGGAGAAAAUGAGAGUAUCGAGCUUUGAAGGGCCGCGUGUAUUAAUCGUGGGUGAUUCGUGUACUGGAAAAACCACGUUGGCCAAGACUCUUUGUGCAUAUGCUCUCAAGAUAAAAGCGUAUCAGCCGCUCAUGAUAAAUUUGAAUCCUCAGGAAUGUAUCUAUUCUCCUCCAGGCUGCUUAACUGCUACUCCUAUUUCGGAUCUGAUAGAUGUUACCUACAAUACUUGGGGUCAGAGUAUGACAAGCGGUGCCACCAGGCUACAUAACAAACAGCCGUUGGUCAAGAAUUUUGGACUGGAAAAUAUUCAUGAAAAUCGAGAGCUUUACAUGACAACAAUGAGAAGUUUAGCAGAUUCGGUACGCUUGAGACUAUCUAAUGACGCUGCAAUUCGCCGUUCUGGACUCAUUAUUGACACACCUGCCAUGGAACAACUGUCUGACGACUUUUCAGAGCUUAAGGAAAUAAUAUCUCUGUUUAAAGUUAACGCCAUUAUUGUAUGUGGUCAUGACGACUCACUGGCCAUGCGACUAAAUGGGGUUCUGCCAGUUGAAGCUCUGACCAUUGUUAGGGUACCUACUUCUAGCGGUGUUGUAAAAACUGACGACGUCUACAAACGGGCGUUGCAGCGCAAUGCCAUUAGAGAGUACUUUUAUGGAGAUUCUAGAACAGUUCUUAGCCCUUACACUAUUGGAGUCGAUUUCGAUAUGCUGCGCGUGUGGCAGCCCAAAAGUGCUCUCAACACAAAUGACUCUCCAGAAGCCUUAAUGCCCGUGGAAGUCAACGCCAGUAAUCUACAACACGCUGUCGUGGCUAUCACCUAUUCAUCCCGAAGAGCCUCUGCUGACGAGGUGUUGAAAAGCUCCAUUCUCGGGUACGCUUUGAUUAUGGAUGUCAACGACGCCAAGAAGAAGCUUAAGGUUUUACUUCCGGUGCCAGGUCGACUUCCCGACAUGGCCAUGAUUUUAACAGCAUUUAGAUACUUAGAGUAG